AAUAGUCAGUUGAUAAUUUGUUGUACAAGAAAAUGGCUAACCUGAUAUCUCCGGAAGGAAAAACAUUUUUAGUGACAGGCGGUGCUUCUGGUAUAGGAAAGCAUUGCGUUGAAACAUUUCUUAGAGAAGGGGCCAAGGCCGUAGCUAUUUUAGACGUGCAAGUCAACGUAGGCGAGGAGCUAGCUAAACAAUUAAACAAGACUUAUCCUAAUAAAGUUAUAUUCAUUAAAUGUGACGUCGGUGACGAGAAAGAAGUAUCCGAAGCUUUUGAUAAAGUUCUCGGACAUUUCAAGCAGUUAGAUGUAGUUAUGAAUAAUGCUGGUAUAAUGGUCGACAGUCCUACUGGAUGGAGGAAAGCUUGUGACGUCAAUUGGCAAGGUCUUGUCUCGUGCGCAGUAAAGGGUCUUAAACAUAUGCGAAGAGACGAAGGAGGCGUAGGAGGGACCAUCAUUAAUGUAUCAUCGAUUGCAGCACUAUACAAAUUCCGUUUUCUCCCAAUCUACAAUGGAUCCAAGAUGGCUGUACUUCACUUCAGUCAAAGUCUUGCGGGCGGAUCAUUCUUUGAGAAAACCGGCGUAAGGAUACUGACAGUUUGCUUUGGAGCAACCGAAACUGCACUCCUACAAGGAUUGCAAGACAGAACUAUAGAUGAUAUAGGAGCUGAGGAAAUACUUGUUGUUAGCAAUGAGAUGAAACAUCAGAAGGUUGAAUCUGCUGCUGCAGGUGUUCUGAAGAUGUUCAAAGAAGGUGCCAAUGGCUCCAUUUGGCUAUCAACCGAUGACAAACCCGCCAAGGAUAUAACCCCAUUUAUCGAUGCCGGGUUUAAAGAAUUUGAAAAAGCAUUUAUAUAAAGAAGUUUAUCGAUAAUAUUUUGUUAAAUAUUUUAUAGGCAUACAUAGAACAUAAGAAAAUACACGACACGGAGAAAUAUUAUAUCAA